CAUCGUCGUCGUCGUCCUCUAUGUAAACUCCAGCCAACAGACUCAGACCUGCAGACUUUUGAGUAGAAACCGUUUCCUUUUCACUGGGUUUCUCGAAGAAAUCUCCUGGCAGCCCUGAUCCAGACUGGCCUGCUCCCGACGAGGGUUUCGCUUUUUUCCCGUUAACUUCCGCGUUGUCUUGUACUUUCCUCUUCACUGGUUGACUCUGUGGUGCCACUGCCGGACUCUUUCCUCCCUUCAGCUCGGCAACUUUCUCUUUGUGCUGUUUUCCAAGAACAUGAGCUGGCCACAGUAGUUCGGACUUCACCUGCACAUUGCACAGGACGCAGCUGAGGUGCCCGAGACUGUUGUAUUUAGCAAAAGGAGACUCAACGCGCUUCUUGUCUGUUGUUUGUCUUUGUUUUUCCCUCAUAAGGCGCCGGAGUUCCUCCUGAUUUACAACUUUCUUCCCUUUCUUAGAAGUUGCCAUUCUUCAAAACAACGCAGCUUGCUAGCUAGCUAUUUGCUUGCAAUGACGUAAAAGUGCGUCUCAUGAAGAUGACGUACCCUGCAUGAACUCGCGCUCAAACUGUGGGUUGUAAAGAAAUCUCGCGAGAUGUGUUGCUGGCAGCAAGCUAUCAGAGAUGUUAGCUCAGCUGGCUAUUCCCCCUGUCCACCUGAAUUUUGCCGCAAAGCAAACUGAAUCGGUACAAUUGUGAAACGUGUAUCCAAGGAGCGGCAGACGACACAAUAAUGUAGUCGUUUUAUAUUCGUUUAUAUUCUUAGGUGUAUGUUAAUUUAGUGCGUGCGUGUUCUGUUAUGUUUAAUAUUAUUUUCUGUUUUCAUCGCCGCACCCACCAUAUUAAUUUUUUGUUGUGGGCUAACAGCUAGCUAAUGUUUGCGUUUGGAGCUGGACAGCAGGUAGCGUUAUUGGAAUCAGAGAGAAGCCAGCUACGAGAAAGCGUCGCGAUUGGCUAAUAUUACUAAGAAGCUAAUUUGAAAUUAGAUUUGAAGAUAUUGCUUAUGCUGACUAGUCCCUGUUUUCUGCCACAUCUUCACCAGCCUGUAGACCAGUAAAUAAAUUAGUUAUCCUGGUAACGUACGGUAACGUUAGUCAUCAUGACUGGUGAGAAGAUACGCACCAUGCGAAAGGACCACAACAAACCAAACAAAAAUGAGGAGAUAAUGGAAACCUACGAUGAGACGUCAAAGGAGACUAUCCCUAACGGAACCGGUAACCAUCUCAAAUCCAACAAGGCUUUUCAGAAAUCAGUCAAAACCUCGGUACUGCAGCAGCAACAGCAGCUCAACGCAAACAACAUUAACGGCAAUUCAUCCUCAAUUGGCACCAUUGUUAAUGAUAACAACAAGAACCCAAUAAUCCUGACAAAUGAGGACUUGGACUUUCCUGUUCACGAAUGCGUGUUCAAGGCAGAUGUGCGGCGGCUCUCAUCUCUCAUCAGGACCCAUAGCAUCUCCCAGAAAGAUGUACAUGGGAACACACCUCUUCACCUGGCUGUGAUGCUGGGCCACAAAGAAUGUGCCCUCCUACUUCUGGCCCAUAACGCUCCUGUAAAAAUAAAGAAUGCACAGGGAUGGAGCCCUCUAGCAGAAGCCAUCAGCUACGGCGACAGGCAAAUGAUCACAGCAAUACUGCGGAAGUUAAAGCAGCAGUCCAGGGAGAGUGUGGAGGAUAAGAGGCCAAAAUUACUGAGAGCUCUCAGGGAGCUUGGUGACUUUUAUCUGGAGCUGCAUUGGGACUUUCAGAGCUGGGUGCCUUUGCUGUCCCGAAUGCUUCCAUCUGAUGCCUGUAAAAUCUAUAAGCAGGGAAUUAAUAUCAGACUUGACACCACUCUCAUAGACUUCACUGAUAUGAAGUGUCAGCGCGGCGAUCUUAGCUUCAUUUUUAACGGUGAGGCUACACCCUCCCAGUCCUUUGUGGUUGUGGACAAUGAAGCAAAAGUGUACCAAAGAAUACACCAUGAGGAGUCAGAGAUGGAGACCGAAGAAGAGGUGGAUAUUCUGAUGAGCAGUGACGUCUACUCUGCAACUCUGUCCACCAAGUCCAUUUCUUUCUCUCGUAGUCAGAUUGGCUGGGUGUUCAGAGAAGAUAAAACGGAGAGGGUUGGAAACUUCCUGGCUGACUUCUAUGCAGUGAAUGGUCUGAUGUUAGAGUCACGGAAACGGCGAGAACACCUAAGUGAGGAGGACAUCUUGAGGAACAAAGCCAUCAUGGAGAGCUUGAGUAAAGGAGGCAGCAUCAGUGAACAAAAUUUUGAGCCUGUGAGAAGGCUGUCCCUCACAGCGCCAGCGCCCAACACAAUUACUUGGGAAGAGUACAUCACGGCAGAGCACGGAAAGCCCCCUCAUCUUGGGAGAGAGCUUGUGUGUAAGGAAAGCAAGAAGAACUUCAAAGCAACCGUAGCCAUGAGCCAGGAUUUUCCUCUAGGGAUCGAGUCGUUACUAAAUGUGUUGGAGGUCAUAGCCCCGUUCAAGCACUUCAACAAACUCCGGGAGUUCGUUCAGAUGAAACUUCCGCCUGGGUUUCCAGUCAAACUUGACAUCCCUGUCUUCCCCACGAUCACAGCAACUGUCACCUUUCAGGAAUUCCGCUAUGAUGAAUUUGAGGAGUCUAUUUUCUGCAUCCCGACAGAAUACAAAGAAGAUCCCAGUCGCUUCCCAGACCUCUGACCUGUAAACACAUCUGACACAGACAGGAAAUGAGCAGCGAGCUAAUAUGUUUGGGAGGUGGGAAACAAAAAUAUGAGGAAUACUGUAUUGUUUUGUUGCUAUAAUAUUAUCUGUUUUUACUAAAAAAAAAAAAAAGG